UAGCCGAAUUAGGCUACUGGGUAUGGCAUGUGUGUGUAUGUGUUCGUGUUUGUGUGUCGGUGCGCGCACGGAUAUUUGCCAGAGCCUGUGUGAACUCCUAACGUUCAAGGGUGUCUCGCCUGCAUAAUACGAAGCCUUGUAUUUGUGCGACACACCGCAAACAUCCUGGAGAAAACCAGCUCAGGGCAACUGGACUCGCAACUUCGGAUAUACACUUCCAGCGGAGGGCUAUUGGUUUAUAACGGGCUUGUUGCUGCGCCCGGACAGUUGACAGGCUCAGCGCGUUUGGAGGACUGCUGCAUUGAGGGAGCUGAACGCGCUCUUUACCACAUUCCGUCCGUAGUGGACAGUGAGCGAGUGAGCUGUGAACGAGCGGGUGCGCGCCACAAACGGACACGAAAAGCGAGUGAAGGAGAAAAAAGCGAGGAAGAGGGAGCGAGAGAACGAGAGGGGAACGACUUCUGCUGUUGCCUUUUCUUGAAUUCAACUCGCCCUCAACAUUGUGAGCUGUCCAUCAGCACAACCUGCUACAAAAUGAUCGGGAAACUCAUCUUUCUCAUCGGAUUGCUUAUCCGCAGUACUGAAGCUGUCCUUCAAGUGUCCAUCUCACUGAACAAGGUUGAGCUGAGCGUGGGGGAGUCCAAAUUCUUCACCUGCACAGCCAUUGGAGAGCCAAUCAGCCUGGACUGGUACAACCCGCAGGGGGAGCGCAUGGCGCCAUCGCAGCGUGUGGCGCUGCACACGGAGGGCGUGCGCUCCAGGCUCACUCUCUACAACGCCAACGUUGAGGAUGCGGGCAUCUACCGCUGCCAGGCCACCGACGCACAGGGACAAACACAGGAGGCCACCGUGGUGCUGGAAAUAUACCAGAAGCUGACGUUUCGAGAGGUGAGGUCGCCGCAGGAGUUUCGACAGGGCGAUGUGGCCGAGGCGGUGUGUGACGUCACCAGCUCCCCAGUCCCGGUGGUAGCUUGGUUCUAUAACAACAUGGAGAUCAUGCCAGAAAAUAACAAGUUCCAGCUCCUGCCCAACAACAACCUACAGAUCCAGCAGGUGACCAAAGCUGACGAGGGCGUGUACCGCUGUGAGGCUCGCGUGGAGGCCAGGGGCGAGAUCGACUUCAGAGACAUCAUAGUUGUGGUGAAUGUGCCUCCAGUGCUGUCUGUGCCCCAGCUGACCUUCAACGCCACAGCAGACUACCAGGAGUCUGUCACCUUCACCUGUCUCGCCUAUGGCUCCCCCGAACCUGAUGUCACCUGGUACAGGAAAGGGGUGGAACUGCAGGAGUCGGAGCAGUACGCCAUACGGGCUCGAGGUACAAGUCUGACCAUCCGAAACAUUCGACAGGGCGAUGGAGGCCCCUACACCUGCAAGGCCUUCAAUAAGGCCGGAGAGGUCUACCGCGAGCUGUUCCUCAAAGUCUUCGUCCCGCCACACAUCACCAAGCUGCGUAACGUGACUGCGGUGGAGGGCAGCGCCGCCAUGAUCUCCUGCAAGGCCGAGGGCGAGCCACUGCCCGACAUCAGCUGGAGGAGAGCCAGUGACGGCCAGACCUUCACCGACGGAGACAAGAGCAAAGAUGGGCAUGUGGAUGUCCGUGGUCGCCACGGCGAGUCCCUGCUGGUCAUAGUGGGCGUGUCUCUAGCAGACUUGGGCCGCUUUGACUGUGAAGCCAAGAGCCGAAUCGGAGGACAUCAGAAGAGCAUGCACCUGGACAUAGAGUACGCCCCAAAGUUCCAGAGCAAUCAGACCAUCUUUUACUCCUGGGAGGGGAACGCCGUGAACAUCAGCUGCGACGCCAUGUCCAACCCUCCGGCCACCAUGCUGUGGAGGAGAGAGAAGCUGACCAUCCCCAGCGAGGGCAUGGGGAACAUGCACGUCCACAGCGCCCCCGGGAGGUCAUUGCUGGAGGUCACGCCCAUGUCCGACAGGGAUUUUGGCCGCUAUAACUGCACGGCACGCAACAACAUUGGAAUGCGCUUCCAGGAGUUCAUCCUAGCCCAGGCAGAUGUGCCCUCAAACCCGUACUCUGUGCGACUGAGCGGGGUGGCCCAGCGGGUUGCUACGGUGACAUUCAUGAAGCCUGACUCUCAUGGCGGCGUCCCCAUUGACCACUACCUGGUCAGGUACAAGGAUGCCAGCUCACAAGAGUGGAAGCCCGUCAAGUCGCAAGGGACGCAGACACUGGUUCAGCUCUCCAACCUUGAACCCAACACCACAUAUGAGGUGCACGUUGCAGCAGUAAAUGGGAAAGGCCGAGGCGAGUUCAGCCGCACAGAGAGCUUUCAGACGUUGCCCAUCCGAGAGCCAAGCCCCCCAUCGGUGAACGGACAGAGAGGGGUGGGGAAGGCCUACAGAUUGGGCCUGAUCAAACAGGACGAUGGAGGGAUGCCCAUACUGGAGUACAUCGUCAAAUACAAAACAGACAGAGAUGAGCAGUGGAUGACGAAGCUGGUCCCCGGCAUCAACGACUUCGUGCUGCUGCAGCCGCUCCAGUGGAACACCCAGUACGAGGUGGAGAUCACGGCCCGCAACAUCAAGGGCCUGUCCGAGCCCACCACCAUCCACUUCUCCAUGCCCCAGAAGCCCGACAUCACAGCAGACUCCCUGUUCAGCGGACUGGGCCUGGGCGCGGUGGUGGGCCUGGGCGUGGCCGGCCUGCUGCUGCUGCUGGUGCUGGUGGACGUGAGCUGUUUCUUCCUGCGCCAGUGCGGCCUGCUCAUGUGCAUCACGCGCAAGCUGUGCAGCAAGAAGACGGCCACCAGCGGCAAGAGCAAGGAUCUGGAGGAGGGCAAGGCCGCCUACCUUAAGCUGCCGCUGAAAGAGGAGAACGGCAAAGAGAUGCUGAAGCCGGACACCAUCGAGAUCAAAGUUCACGGCGACAGCAGCCUGCGCUCCAAGCAGGAGGACAGCAAAGCGUAAUGAUGUCCCUCUCUGUGCCCCCGCCUCCGCCCCCCCACCACACAGGAGAGCUUUCCAGAAAGAACUUGCGCAGCGAGCUACUCUGAGACCAAAGUCCGAGGAAACACACGAAAAUAUUGAACAAACAAACAAGUGAGCAGACAACGAGAUGGAAGAUUUAGCACACACACACACACACACACACACACACAUGCUCUCAAACACACACACACACACAUAGAUGCCUCCCCCCACGCACCAAUACACACAUUAGCUAGAAAUGGCUCAUCAGGACAUUUGAAGAGGUACUGUGUACAUAAAAGGGGUGGAGAAAGCGACACCCGCGUCUCAUUUUGUUGUGACAAAUCUUUUUUGGAGGACGCGUCUCGUCGGGAACAGUCCCUUGUUGAGAAGUGAUUGGUCCAUUUCUCUCUUUUUUUUCUCUCUCUUUCUUGUUUCACUCUUUUUUUUCUCCGUCAGGAGGGGGAGGCAGGAUAGAAGCCCUUUUUUUGUCUUUACUUUCUUUGUGCAUAUCAGUUCUCUGUCACUCUAAAAAAGAAAAAAAAUUGAUGCCCUUGUUGUUCUGAGCCUCUGCAGAGCCUCCCAGCCCAGCCCCAACAGAAAUAAUACAGAAACACUAGACUGGGUCCCAGAGCCCUCACACACAGAUACCCACUUACUCCUACACUGCUGUGUUCUGUCCAUCCAUAUAAGGACAUGAAGAGACGCCAUGCACCGUGUCAUUGUCAAAAUACUGCCCCUGUGGACUCCCAUACUCCUCUUUCAACAAUAUGUGUGUGUGUGUGUGUGUGUUUGUGUGUGGGUGUCUGUGUGUGUGUGUGUGUGCGUGUGUGUGUAUAUGUGUGAUUCUGGGUAACUGUGGUGUAUUUUCAUCUCUCUUUUUUCAUUUGUUUUAUUUUUCAUGUCUUAUCACCACCGCUUUACAGUGUAAGCAACAACCAAGAGUGCUAUGCCACUUGGUGAGUGAGAAGAAUGUGUGAGAUUAUCAGUGUUUUUACAGGAAGGAAUUGAGAAUAUGUGAGAUUAUCAGUGUUAAUUAGAGGAAGGAAUUGUUUUCUUGACAGACUACAUUCUGGCUGUCUAGUCAUGCGUGUGGUGACAUGACAUGGCCUUGAGGCUUCUCUUAGUGCUGUCUUAUGGUGAGUUUGUGUGUGUGUGUGUGUGUGUGUGUGUGUGUGUGUGUGUGAGUGUGAAUGUG